GCUAGCAAAGAUCACAUACUAUAAAAUAAAAUGUAUAGGAAAGAAAAUAAUUUGAAAGAAUGUAAACGCCUCUUUAUGGCGGAAAAAGAGCAGAGAAAGCUGCCUCUUUACCUGAAAGACUUUACUGAGGGAAUAGCGUGCCCGCUCUUUUAUACAGUCAUUGGUUGCUUCCUGGUGUUGCUGCACAGGCUCUCGGUGUCCCCGAUUCAGUUUGCAGCAGUAAUCCUGUCUUUAUUGUUGGAGUGUGAACGGAGAAAGAAGAAAGAUCCAGGGAGACGACCGCUGGUAAACUGGCGCCCUGUCUCUGUAUCUUGACACGUAUACAUAUAUGUGUGUAUAUAAUGUCAGCUGUGGCUAACACAUUUGAAAAUGUGAAAGCAGUUAUUCUAUCAGCCCAUAAAAACACAACAUCAACGGACAAGGUCUCCUUUUACAACUCCUGGGCAGAGAACUAUGAUCAGGAUGUGGCUGUCCUGGAUUACCGUGCACCAACUCUGGCAGCAAACUGCAUCUCUUCCCAUUUCAGUGGAGAUCGUGAAGGUGCCGUCGUAUUGGAUGUGGCCUGUGGUACAGGACUGGUGGCCACACAGUUGAAGAAACUUGGAUUUGGAAAGUUUGUGGGGGUAGAUGGAAGCAAAGCUAUGUUGGAGUUGGCAAGACAGAGCGGGUUGUACCAGGAUUCGAAGCAGAUCAUGCUGGGAGAGGAGCCACUGCCUAUCCAGUGGGUAGAUUCGUUUGAUGUGGUUGUGAUUGUUGGAGGACUAAGUCUUGGUCAUGUCCCUCCUGCUGUGGUCAGAGAUCUGUGCAAGUCCACCAAACCAGGUGGCUACAUUUGCAUGACUACCAGAAGUAACCAGGACAAUCUGGAGUACAAAGGCUUUCUUGACUCUGAGCUCAGGCAGAUGGAGAACGAGGGGCUUUGGACUUGUGUGGAGGUCACAGAGGUGGAAAAUUGGGAGAGAGCUGUGUCGGAGCACGAGGAUGGCUACAUAUCUGGCGCUGUAUAUCUCUACAAGAAACUAUAAUUAUACAUAUAUCACAAAAGUGUAUGGUGGUUUAAAAUCACACCAGCAAAGGUGCAAAAUAGACUUAUUAGAGAAGAAACAAAAACUGGAUAAAAUUGACGUAAGAUUAAAAAGGAAGGCUUGAUUUUUGCAUUUGCAGAAUUAAGUAGGCUCAAAGAUGGAAAGCUGCUUUCAACCAAAUGAGUAUCUUGCAACUGAGUAACAGGUUUUUCCUUAUUGAAAGUAAAUGAACCAUUUUCUAAAUAAGUGGUUGUAUAACUUGCGUCUGUAACUGUGUCUCUUGUGCAUUAAUAUCUGCCAUCCACUAAUAAGUGAGUUUAUGAGGUUACAUUUUCUAAUUCAGUGAUUCAGUUGGCUCAGAUGUUAGGUUAUCCCCUUUGUGCUUAAAACUUUAUUAACUUUAUUUGCUAUUUGUUUUAAAUUUUAAAACUAAUCAAGUCGAUGAGAAAUUGGACAAUUAUGCUUCUGUACACCACCACAGUGGAUUUUAUGUUAAGCAACCAAGAUGAAGUGUAGAUGUUUUACCAAUGACAUACAACCAGUGUUCAUAUCCUUGUGAGACCCAGCCUAUCCAUCUGUUCCAUUCCAUUCAUCCAGUAGUGGACACAAAUCACAAAAAAAGUUAAACUAAACCUUUUUUUUCCUCCUUUCCUCCUUUCUUUUUUAUCCUCCUCCUCUGGAGGAUAAAACAUGGAUUCUUCAGACCCGAUUCUUAGUCUAGAAAGCUAGAAAGACUUAAUUUCAUUCACCCAAGGACUAACAAUAUAUUUAAAUGUUCUUUUCAAAUGUUACAUUGUAUUAGACUAAAGACAAACAAAAGAAUGCAAUAAAAAUGUAAGUGUGAGCCUA